GAAAGAAUAUAGUAUGAACUGACGAGGACGACGAAUCGAGAGGAAAGUGUAAAGAAAUGAAGAAAGUUUGACUAGAAGCGGAGCCGUUGAACCCCAGAAAGCUCCGAGAUCGCAGAUUCUUAAGGCAUUCGGAAAGUGGGAGAAUUGGCUUGAAUGAGGGUUGUGGACUCUCCGAUGGACAGUUCGAGUGACAUCGAAGGCGAUUCCGAGGGAAGAAAUGAAGGAGGAGGAUCAACGUCGGAUUAUCGAUUGCUGGGUCGGCAAGUUACGGUGCAUCAGUUCAUGGGCGGUGGCAAAGCUGCUGACUUGCUCUUGUGGAGGAGAAGAAACCAUUCCUUGGGGGUUAUCGUUUUAUCAACCGCGGCUUGGCUUACUUUCGAGCUUUCUGGAUUGCCUAUCUUAUCUGUUUCUUCAGAUGUGUUACUGAUUGGGAUCAUCAUAUCAUUCGUCCAUGCACAGGUGUCUUCUUUUAGGAACAGACAGACGGAUUCGUUACCAGAGCUUGUUCUAUCCGAGGAAAUGGUUAAUAGUACUGCAGCUUCCUUCCGUGUAAAACUCAACCACUUGCUUGUAAUGGCUCAUGAUGUUACAGUUGGCAACGAUUUUCGCCUCUUCUUCAAGGUGGUGAUUUGUCUGUGGCUUCUCUCUGCCAUUGGUAGCUAUAUUUCCUUCUGCACUCUUGUUUAUAUCGGGACCAUCUUAUCUGUAACAAUACCGGCUUUGUACAGCAAAUAUCAAAGGAAAGUAGACAAGUGUUGCGGGUUGAUUCACAGGCAACUGUCUCAUCAAUACAAGUUAGUUGACGAAAAUGUUAUAAGCAAACUCUCGUGGAGCUUAUCCAAGGAUAAAGACUCCUGAGCUUGAACUUCGGUGAAGACUCCUGAGCUUUAACUUCGGUGAUUUUGAAAAUGCUUUUACUCCUCUUCCUUUUCACUAGUUUGGGUUUCUUCUAGUUUACCAUUGUGUAGUAUUAUGUAACUAAAAGACGAUAUCAAGGAUGAAUAUAUAAAGAUGGUUUCACUGUUCAACUAAAUUAACUGUCUCCACU